AUUGUAAAUAAAGACACUCUGUUAUCUGUUUGUCCUUCGGCUGUGGAAAUUUUUGCUCUGUCCGAAGCUGCCAAUAUUCUUCUCUGAGUUCUUUGGAAGAGCGGAGAUUUUCCUACUGCUGCGGCAAUGAUGGCAUUAUCUUGCAACCAGGGUGGACUCCUAGCUUGGAUGUUGCUGCUGCUGUCCUUGACUCACGUUCAAACUCAGUGUCCAACUCCAGUUCUACCUCCCCAUUCUUCACUAAGAGGAGGAGGAGACCUAGCAGAUAUCUAUCCAGCUGGAACUAAUCUGGAAUUACAGUGCCUCCCAGGUUAUGAAUUUAUAAUUAUAAGAAAUUAUUGGAUAACAUGUCUUGACAGUGGGAAGUGGUCAAUUCUUCCUAUGUCCCUUUGUGAAGGACAGAGAUGUCCCAUUCCAAAAAUAGAAAAUGGCCAUGCAGAGUUUGCAAUUGACAUCAAACUUGGUAUGAAAGUAACCCUUGCUUGCAAUCAUGGGUUUAGGAUGAUAGGCAAUUCUACCAUUUUGUGUGUUAUGAAAUCAGGCAAACUUGAUUGGGAUAAAGAUCUUCCAGUUUGCGAACGUAUUCCUUGUGCUCCUCCUCCUGUAAUAGCCAAUGGAAGAUAUGACCCCAAUCUUUCAGAUGUAUAUGAUACUGGCGCGGUAGUAAUAUAUCGGUGUGAUGCUGAUUACUCCCUUAUUGGACAAUCUACUAUUACAUGUGUAGUACCAGAAAAUAGUGUAGUUGGAGAGUGGAAUUGGCCUUCACCUGAAUGCAAAAAGGUCAAGUGUCAUAGACCACGCAUUCCAAAUGGAAGAGUGAUAAGUGUGUUUCAAGAUGUGUAUACAUAUCAGAAUAAAAUAGUGAUUGAAUGUAAUCCUGGCUACGUUUUGGUAGGAUCUUCUAUAAUUAAAUGUGAUGCUGAUAGUCAGUGGAAACCGCCUGGUCCAUGGUGUGAUAAGCAACUGACAUCUAUUCCUUCCCCUAACCCUCCAGAAGAAGAUAAGAGUGAAGUUGAGUCCUCAUGUAAUUUUACUGUUAAUUUGUAUUAGUGUAGAAAUGCAAUAAACUGGCUAGAAAAAUUACAGUCAUAUUACAAAGAAAAUACACCUUCUUUGAGUUCUAUGGUUUUACAUAUCAGGACAUAGUAAAAAUCAUCUGGUACUUAGCAGAUCUUAAAAGCAGGUAAAUACAACUUCAGAUGAACAAUACCACAUAAUAUAUUACACUAUGUCAUCAUUUGUUCCAAAGGUCCUUUUCAAAAGGCAAUUGGACUAUCUUUUUCUUGAAAACAUUCUUCUUCUCAUCCAAGAAGCUUCUUCAGUUCCAAAACCAAAAAAAAGAAAAUGAAGAAAAACAAGAAAGUCCUUUGCAAAAGCACCUUUGGAACAAUCAUGAUCUAGAUGAUUGAGAGUAUCCAUUGACAUGUCAUCAUUUAUUUUACAAAAACAAAGCCAAAACGUAAAAGCCAUAUGUGAUGGCAUAUGAUUCAAUAACUUGCAGAUUCACUUUUAGCAGUAAUAACAUGCAGUAAUUGUUUUCUGUAUGUCUUUAUUAGUCUCUCACAUUCUUGCAGAGGAAUUUUGGCUCACUCUUCUUUACAAUAUUGCUUCAGUUCAUUGAGCUUUGUGGACUUUAGUUUAUGCACAACUCUUUUGAGGUCCUGCAUUAACAUUUCAAAUAGGUUGAGGUUUGGACUGACUGACUCAUUGUAAACCUUGAUUGUUUUCUUUUUCGGCCAUUCUGUUGUAAAUUUCCUGAUGUGCUUCUGAUCAACAACAAUUGCUUUUCUAAGAUCAUUGCUGAUGCCUUUACUCUUUGGCAUUAUGUUAACAUACACCUCA